AGUGCAUGCACGAGCUCAGAGUUUGACAUGCUGUGUGCUCUCACACUUCCUCUUUAUGUUCAAGUCUCUUCCGCGCGCGCACACACACACACACACACACACACACACGCAGAAGUAAACUCUUCCUCCUUUUAUUCUAAUCGCGCUGCACCUGCCCGGGGAACCGGGAGUUCACACCGGACUGCAGUGACGGGAAGGAGUCAUGUCUCCGUGCUGCUCUCUCUGACCCUCGGCUUCCGCUUCCCUUAUUUUUUUUUUGUUUUUGUUUUGAUUCCGUGGAUUAAAUGCGCUUCACCGGCUCCCUGAAGGUGCGCGUGGGCGAGGCCGUGGACCUGAAGCCCACCAGCGCGUCCACGCGCCAUGCCGCCGCUUUCGGUAAAGCCGGUCUGGGCCUGAACCUGCACCUGGGCGCGCCCGCGACUCUGGACCCGUACGUGGUGGUGAAGGUGGAUGAUGGCGUGGUGGGUCAGACGCGCUCCAAACCGCGCACCAACGCGCCCACCUACAACGAGGAGUUCAGCGCGUGCGUAAGCCGCGGCGAGAGACUGGAGCUCGCCGUCUUCCACGAGUCACCGAUCGGCUACGACGACUUCGUGGCCAACUGCACCCUGCACUUCGAUGACCUGAGGAAGAGCUCGAGCCCCGAGGAGACCUUCGAAGGAUGGGUUGACCUGGAGCCCGAGGGGAAGGUGUACAUCCAAAUCAAUCUCAAUGGAUCUUUUAUCGAUGUUUCCGAUGACCCUGCCCCCCCUCCUGCCUUCAAGGAGUUCACUCGGAAGCGUCAGCGUGCGGUGAGGCGGAGAGUUCAUCAGGUCAACGGACACAAGUUCAUGUCCACCUUCCUGAAGCAGCCCACAUUCUGCUUCCACUGCAAAGAAUUUAUAUGGGGUGUUUUUGGAAAACAGGGGUACCAGUGUCAAGUGUGUACCUGCGUCGUCCACAAACGGUGCCAUCAACUUGUCGUCACUGUGUGUCCACGCAUGAAGAAACCUGCCAAAGAACAGACGGUGAAUCAGGGUUUCAGCAUUAACGUCCCUCACAGGUUCAGUGUGCAUAAUUAUAAGGUUCCAACGUUCUGUGAUCACUGUGGAUCUUUACUGUGGGGCCUUGUGAAGCAGGGCCUGCACUGUAGCAUCUGUAAGAUGAACGUUCAUAUCCGCUGUAAGGGAAACGUCGCUCCAAACUGUGGUGUGAAUAAUGUGGAGCUCGCUAACAAAUUAGCAGAGAUGGGACUUCAGCCGGGAGGGACGAUAAAGCGCAGUCCACUGUCCCAGAACCCGUCCGGUGUAGAGCCCUCCUCUCACCGUCUCAGUGUGAAGAAAGGUGUGUCUCCAGAAGAGAAUAAAGGUCAAAAGUUGCACAUCGAGGACUUUACUUUCCUCCAGGUUCUUGGCAAAGGCAGCUUUGGCAAGGUGAUGCUGGCCAGCUUGAACAACUCAGAUCGCGUGUUUGCUGUGAAGGUCUUGAAGAAAGAUGUGAUUCUGCAAGAUGAUGAUGUCGAGUGCACACUGACGGAGAAACGAGUGCUGACUCUCGCACACUCACAUCCCUACCUCACACACCUGUACUGCUGCUUUCAGAACCUGGAGCGCCUGUUCUUCGUGAUGGAGUUUGUGAACGGUGGAGAUCUCAUGUUCCACAUUCAGAAGUCCAGGAAGUUCGAGGAGAACCGAGCUCGAUUUUAUGCAGCAGAGAUCACGUGCGCACUCAUCUUCCUGCACAGCAAGGGCAUUAUAUACAGGGAUCUGAAGCUGGACAAUGUGCUGCUGGAUCGGGACGGUCACUGUAAGCUGGCGGAUUUUGGGAUGUGUAAAGAGGAGAUGUUUGAAGGAGCCGCUACCGGAACAUUUUGUGGGACUCCAGAUUACAUCGCUCCUGAGAUCCUGCAGGAGAUGCUGUAUGGGCCAUCUGUUGAUUGGUGGGCCCUGGGCGUGCUCCUUUAUGAGAUGCUCUCUGGCCAUGCCCCCUUUGAGGCAGAGAACGAGGACGAUUUGUUCGAGUGCAUUCUGAAUGAGGAGAUCGUUUACGCCUCGUGGCUGAGCGCCAACGCCGUGGACAUCCUCAAAGCUUUCCUGACGAAGAAUCCGGCCCGGCGUCUGGGCUGCGUGGCGGCGAGCGGCGGAGAGAACGCCGUUACAGCUCACGCCUUCUUCAGCACCAUCGACUGGGACAAACUGAACCGGAGAGAACUGGAGCCUCCGUUUAAACCCCAGAUUAAAACGAGUGAGGAUGUGAAUAAUUUUGACCCCGACUUUACGAGUGAAGAUGCCAUUCUCACUCCCAUCGAGGACGCCGUGAUCCCACAGAUCAACCAGGAUGAGUUCCAGGAUUUCUCUUUCACCUCAGAUGCCAUGCUGGAGUUCUACACAUCGCAAUAAAUAAAUAAAUAAAUAAAUAAAUAAAUAAAGAAAGAAAGAAAGAACAAAAACACAAAGCGAUGUCUCAGGAGGAGGAUGACCAAGCGACGGUGUCCAGUUUGUUGAGUUGUGACAUUGUCAUAAUGAUCAUUAUUUAUUUGAUCUGGCCAGGAAGAUUUGAUCUGGCCAGCGAUGGAAUUCAGCACUGCCCCUGCAGCGAGACUGACCCGUGGCUUGGACUCUUGAACACAUUCCUGCCUCACACACUGGACGAUGACGUCAUGUAGCUUUUGUCGAACAAGCACAAAGUAUUGAGUAUUGAUUAAAGACCGUCCUGACCGUCGCUUUCACACUAAACUCUUUUUUUUAAACGAAUAAGAGCAAAUAUUUGGGUCAGUGGGUCAGUGGAGAGGAUUAGUAUUACAAACAUUUUAAAGUUAUAUUUUAUUCUGUGAGAGAAAAUGUGAUGGAAAGUGUCCUGAUGGGAUCAAAAAAAAAGACCUGGCAGUAUUUGCAUCUGAAAUUUGUUCAGAAAUCUGGGUCAGCUCUGGGUCAGCAUGGGCGGAGCUAACAUUACAUUUCUCAUGUGCUGAGACUGCUAGCUGUUAUCUGAAUAAACGUACAGCUUAGCAGGAUGUUUUAGCUACACAAUAUGAUUGUUUAGCUCAGUUUGGCUAGAGAUGUUUCAGGAUAAAAUCAUAUUAAAAGUAUUACGAUUAAUCUAGCAUUAGAUUAGCUGUUACUAGCUAUGGAACACUAGCUAGGUAGUUAUUUAACGCUAGUGCAGGUAUCUGACUAGCUUGGCUAAUCUCACUGAACUGUAUUGUGUAGCUAAAGCAGAAGGUCGUGCUGAAGGUGUGAAUGUAACGUAAGCUCCGCCCCUUUUUUGAGCCAGCUAUGAGCUUUAGGUCUGUGUGAAUUUUCUCUUCAGCAUUUCAGCAGUCAGUCUCAGCCUCUGACCUUUCACCUUUCAUCUCAUAGCCUUAAAGAGUUAAGGAAGACAAACUCUGCUUUUACCGUAGUUAAACCUGCAGUCUGAAUCUGAAUUUUAUUGCAGAUUUUAAGGAAAACAGUUAUGGCUCUUUUUUUUACCGCUUCUAAAUAUUUUAUUAAGUCUUAUUAAUCCGUUAUUAAGCCUCAGCAGUGUGUGUUAUGCCCCCGGCCGUGGCAGUGUUAUUGAAACGCCUCCAGGUUCUGGUUCAUUCUUUAGAUGGCGGUGAACGCCGCGACCCCGUGACCUCUCCUCCAGAUAUAAGAACAGAGUGUGUGUGUGUGUGAGAGAGAGAGUGUGUGAGUGAGAGUGCAUGUGAAUGUGAGUGUGUGUGUGAGAGUGAAUGUGAGUGUGUGUGUGAGAGUGUGUGUGUAAGUGUGUUUUUUCUUUCUCACCUAUAGAGUGCAGUUUCUGCUCUGUUUUGUUUUUUUGCACUGGUUUCUUUUCUCUGUUAUUGAUGUUACUGUAGUGUUGCUUUAGUUAAACCUAAUGUACUAGACUUGUUUGUUCGCGGUCUCUGGAAGCACUGUCUGCCUUUAACAUUUUCUGUUUCUGUUUAUUGUUCACCUGUUAGUGUUGUGUUUGGGUCACACAUGCAGUCCUGAAUAAAAGGAUACUUU